AUGGGCCGCUCCUCCUUCUCACCUCCCAAGGACGCCAGAGGAGGGCCGGCCUGAGCGCUGCCUUCGCAGCGCCGACCGCGGCCGUCGCCACCUUCAGCGCCAUGACAGAACGUGAAGACAGCUUCAGAGAACAGGCGAUGGCGGCGCUGGCAUCUCUCGGCGCUCUGGCGCUACUGCUGCUGUCCGGCCUCUCCUGCUGCUCAGCAGAGGCCUGUGUGGAGCCCCAGAUCACCCCUUCCUACUAUACCACCUCGGAUGCUGUCAUUUCUACUGAGACUGUCUUCAUCGUGGAGAUCUCCUUGACUUGCAAGAACAGGGUCCAGAACAUGGCUCUCUAUGCUGAUGUCAGUGGAAAACAAUUUCCUGUCACCCGGGGCCAGGACGUGGGACGUUACCAGGUUUCCUGGAGCCUAGAUCACAAGAGCGCCCAUGCAGGCACCUAUGAGGUCCGGUUCUUUGAUGAGGAGUCCUACAGCCUCCUGAGGAAGGCUCAGAGAAACAAUGAGGACGUUUCCGUCAUCCCACCUCUAUUCACGGUCAGCGUUGACCAUCGGGGUACCUGGAAUGGGCCCUGGGUCUCCACCGAAGUCCUGGCCGCAGCCAUCGGCUUAGUGAUCUACUACCUGGCCUUUAGCGCCAAGAGCCACAUCCAGGCCUGAGGGUGGUGCCCGCCCCCCACCCUUGCUUCUUUCAAUAAACAGCUAUUGGCUAUCCCGA